AUGAGCGUCGGAGUGAAUGGAGGCCGUUUUGAUUUUGAUGACGGCGGUACUUAUUGUGGAGGAUGGAAUGAUGGAAAAGCACAUGGACACGGUGUAUGUACAGGACCAAAAGGACAAGGUGAAUAUGCGGGCGCAUGGCAAUACGGCUAUGAAUUUUCGGGCAUCUAUUUAUGGCCGUCAGGAAACUCUUAUGAAGGACAGUGGAUGAGUGGAAAGCGACAUGGAUUGGGUGUUGAAAAGAAAGGAAGAUGGGUUUAUAAAGGCGAAUGGACACAAGGUUUUAAAGGACGAUAUGGUAUUCGUGUAUCAGAAAUUUCAGGUGCUAGAUAUGAGGGUACAUGGGCAAAUGGACUUCAAGAUGGUUAUGGCGUUGAAAUAUAUGCCGAUGGAGGUGUUUAUCAUGGGCAGAUACAACAAGGUCUUCGUCAUGGUUAUGGUAUACGACGAAGUGUACCCUAUGGUAUAGCAUCACGUUAUCGAUCAAAAGAUGUACGAGACUCUUUAACAUCACUUCGUUCAGAAGAUGAUGAAGAACGAAUACAGCGUGAACGAGAUAAACGUAUGGAUGAAAAUCGUGGUGGAUUUGUUCUUCGUUCAAGAUCAGAUCCACAUGAUUUAUCAUCACGUAGUGUUAGUCAAGGUCCGCAUCGUGGUUCAUUAUCAAAUAGUGCUGACCAUCGUCCAUCAUUACGUAAAACACUUUUAGCAAAAUUACGUAAACAAAAAUCUACAAGUGAUAUUGAAGAUAGAUCAACAACAAAAAAAACAAGUUCAUUUCGCUCAACAGCAAGUUCAACAAGUGGUGAUUCAAAACAUUCAGUUAAAACAGCUACAAUAAUGUCAUCACAUGCAACUACACCCAAUUCAACAGGUACAUUUGAUGAUGGUGAUCAUUCAUUUAUAUCUCAGGAAGAUAUACUUGAUAAUAAUGUUGUUGAAACAUAUAUGGGAGAAUGGAAAGGUGAUAAACGUAGUGGUUUUGGUAUAGCUGAACGUUCUGAUGGUUUAAAAUAUGAAGGUGAAUGGUUUAAUAACAAAAAGAAUGGUUAUGGCGUGACGACAUUUCGUGAUGGUACAAAGGAGGAGGGAAAAUAUAAAAAUAAUGUUUUAGUAACUGACAAGCGUAAACCAAGUAAAUUAUUUUUACUUCGUUCAUCAAAAUUACGUGAUAAACUUGAUGCAGCUCUUAAUAAUGCAAUGAAAGGUGCAACAAAUGCCCAACAAAAGGCUGAAAUAGCAAUGGCGAGAGCAAAUAAUGCUCGCUCAAAAGCUCAUUCAGCUGAAAUCUAUGCAAAACAAGCUCGAAAUGAUAGUGUCGAAGCUCGAGCAAGUGCUAAAGCAGCUGCACCCGAUUUUCGUCAACCAGGGGAAGAAAAACCACAACCAUUCAUAUUAUUAGAUAUUGAUCGACAACUUGAUGGAAAAUUGGUCACUAGUAAUCAUAUUAAUAUGAGUUCACCUAAUGGUCGUUUACCAAUGUCAUUAAACUAUACACCAAAUACAUCAAUGCCAUUACCACUACAUCUUCCUCAACAUCAAACAAAUUCAGUAGCAUCACCAGCAUUUAUACUUGAUGGUGGUGUUUAUCAAGGUCAAUCAGCACCAACAAAAUCAGAUAAUUGGAAUCCAAAUACAAGAAUUAUUGGACAACCAUUUCCUAUUCAACAACAACAACAACAACAACAACUGCGUCCUGAUUACUUUCAUCAACCUAACAAAAAUAUGUCUCCAAUAAUCUAUAAUAAUAUGCCCGAGUCACGCACAGGUAUUUCCGUGUCUAAACAAUAUUCUCAUUUAAAUCAACCAUUAUCCGGUGAUACUUCAAUACCGGGAAAUUUAAGUUUUGAUGAAGAUCGUGCUACAACUAUGUCGACUAGUUAUGACUCAGCAUCAUCGCCAAUUUCACCUCCUUCACAAUUUGUACCGAAUGCCGUCGGUAUAGGUCCUCGUUCAGUACCGAAACGAUCAACAUUUAUAAGAACACGUCAUUUCGAUACAUCAGCAGACGAUCUAAUACAUGAUCAACAUCAGCACCAUCAGCACCAUCAUCAUCAACAACAACAACAAAAUGAAUAUAGUUCUCCAUCACCGAAUCUUUAUGCUCCUCAAAAUAUACGACAUACACCAAAUAUUCGAACAAAAACAACAUCUAUGUCCGGAAAUAAUUUUAAUAUUCGACCUCCUCUUAUUCAUGGUGUUCCAGAUUCUCAAAAUUCAAGUGGUCAAGAUUCUGGUUUAAGUUCUGGUGGUGCUAGUUUCGAUCCUGAGCAACAUCAUACAUAUAAUAUAGGUAAUCCAACAAAUACAAUACGAUCAGCAACACCAAUUAUUGAUGUAUACGAUGUUCCACUACCAAUUCCUCUACCUAAACGAAAAUCUUUACCAAGUAUUGUUAAAGCUCUACCUGGUGAUUAUAAAAUUGAUGAAACAGCUCGAUCAAGUGAUAAUUUAAAAGAAAAAGAAACAUUUAUUAUUGAAAAUGGUAUACGUAAACGUGUUACAGCACAAAUACCAACUUAUACAGAAAGUGGUUCAAUUAUGCCACAAGGAACUAUAAUGACGAGUAGUAGUGGUUCACCCAUACUUGCUCAUCGUGUUAUUCUUGAAAGUAUUACAAAAUUAGAUGAACCUAAAUCAACUAUAACUAAUACCGGUGGAAAUAAACGUGGCAGUAUGCCGACAGUCGUCAAUAUAGCUCGACAUCGACAAGAAGCUCCUAGUAUAUCAAGAGAAGAAGCAUCAAAGCUUGGUUCUCAACGUCGAGAAGAAUUGCGACGUCAGCGUGAUUUCGAUUCAACAGCUAUUGGCCGUGUUAAAGUUUUAUUACAGGUAUGA